AUGUUGGGCUGGGUCCAGAAGGUGCUGCCUCAGCCUCCAGAGACCCCUCAGAAGACUGAGGAGGAAGUAGAACCAGAGCCAGAACCAGAGCUGGAGCCUGAGGCAAAACCAGAACCUGAACCAGACCCUCAGCUGGAGCAGGAACCAGAGCCAGAACCUGAAACAGCCCCUGAAGAGGAUGUGCCAGAGACCCCGACCCUGCCACCUGAGGAGCCAAUGGAAGGGGAAGGUGUGGCUGAGGCUGGCCCUAGCCUUCAAGAGGCCCAGGAAACUGACCCUCCUCAGUCUACCCCUCAGGCCCAGGUGGCUGUUGCCAAGGUGAACAGCCCCAGCUCCUGGGUGCUGACCUGGUUCUGGAAGGGCAUGGAGAAGGUCGUUCCACAGCCUGUCUACAGCAGCAAGGGGGGCCAGAACCUGGUUGCUGGAGUGGAAGACCCAGAUCAGGCUGGAGUACAGAUUCCGGGGCCCUGUGGCACCGGGGAAUCAGGGUCUGCAGAUGGCUCAGACGAAGCUUCCAGGGCUCACGAUACUGAACCCAGCCUGUGGCUGCUCAGGUGGCUUGAGCAGAACCUGGAGAAAGUGCUGCCUCAGCCCCCUAAGCCCUCUGAGGCCUGGAAAGCUGAACCUGAACCUGAACCUGAACCUGAGGCUGCUGUCUUGGACCCAGAUCCUCCAGAACUCCUGAUGGAAACAGAGCCCAUAGAGAGUCCCUCCCAGCCCAAUCCUGGAACCUUGGAGCUCAAGGAGAAGCCAGCUGCAGAGCCCCAGCCUGGUUUCCAGGCCUCUUCCCUGCCACCACCUGGGGACCCUGUCAGGCUGAUGGAGUGGCUCUUACACAGGCUGGAGAUGGCCCUGCCACAGCCUGUGCUCCAUGGGAAGGCUACAGAGCAGGAACCUGUCUGCCCUGAGACAUGUGAUGUGCAGACCAUCAGCAUCCUCCCGGUGGGACAGGUGGAGAAUGAUCUUAUCCUGGAGGAAGUGGAUCCCUGCUGGGAGGACAUCCAGGAGGAAGACAGUGCCAGUCAGCAGGAGGGCAGUGCCUGUCAGCAGGAGGACAGUGCCAGCCAACAGGAGGACAGUGCCUGUCAGCAGGAGGACAGUGCCUGUUACCAGGAGGACAGUGCCAGCCAGCAGGAGAGCAGUGCCUGUCAGCAGGAAGACAGUGCCAGCCAGCAGGAAGACAGUACCAGCCAGCAGGAGGACAGUGCCUGUCACCAGGAAGACAGUGCCAGCCAGCAGGAGGACAGUGCCUGUCACCAGGAAGACAGUGCCAGCCAGCAGGAGGACAGUGCCUGUCACCAGGAAGACAGUGCCAGCCAGCAGGAGGACAGUGCCUGUCAUCAGGAAGACAGUGCCAGCCAGCAGGAGGACAGUGUCAGCCAGCAGGAGGACAGUGUCAGCCAGCAGGAGACAGAGGAAGCUCCGGCUUAUGAAGAAGAAAGCGAGGCCAUGGUGGAGAUGCCCAGGGAGUUGCCUCAGAUUCAAGAGGAAAGAGAAGAGGAGGAGGAGGAAGAGGAGGAGGAGGACGGAGAGGAAGAGGAGCCUGUUGUCCUGCUGGAUAGCUGUUUGGCGGUACAGGCUGAUGUGGACCAGUGCCACCUAGACAGGACACAGCCACAGAUAACAUUGCUGCAGGAGUUGCCAGAGGAGGAAGAGGAGGCGGAGGAAGUGGAAGAGGAGGUGAAGGAGGAGGAGGCCACAAGCUCAACAGAAGAUGUCUUUCAAAGGUACCGGGGAAAUGCUGUCCAGAGCACAGUACCAGGCACAAAAGAGCACCCAGAGCUCCAGGUAGAGGACACGGAUGCUGAUGCUGACAGUCUCCCCCUCAUCCCAGAGGAGAAGGUCCCUUCACCGGAGAGACCACCCUCUCCUACCAAAUCUGAUACCCUCAGGGUCCCGGGCUCCGCUGCAGCAGUCCACAGGAAGAAGCUACCUUCUCAGGACGAUGAAGCCGAAGAGCUCAAAGCACUGUCACCAGCUGAGUCCCCAGUGGUUGCCUGGUCAGACCCCACCACCCCACAGGAGGCUGACUGUCAGGACCGUGCAGCCUCCACAGCCAGCCAGAACAGUGCCAUCAUCAACGACCGGCUCCAGGAGCUGGUGAAGCUGUUCAAGGAGCGCACGGAGAAGGUGAAGGAGAAGCUCAUUGACCCCGAUGUCACUUCUGAUGAGGAGAGCCCCAAGCCCUCCCCAGCCAAGAAGGCCCCAGAGCCAGCCCCGGCACAGAAGCCCGCGGAGGCGGGGGCGGUAGAGGAGGAACACUACUGUGACAUGCUAUGCUGCAAGUUCAAGCGCAGGCCCUGGAAGAUGUACCGGUUCCCCCAGAGCAUCGACCCGCUGACCAACCUCAUGUACAUCUUGUGGCUGUUCUUCGUGGUGCUGGCCUGGAACUGGAACUGCUGGCUGAUCCCCGUGAGAUGGGCCUUCCCGUACCAGCAGCCGGACAACAUCCACUUGUGGCUGGUGAUGGAUUACCUGUGUGAUCUCAUCUACCUCCUGGACAUCACCGUGUUCCAGAUGCGCCUGCAGUUUGUCAAAGGCGGGGACAUCAUUACAGACAAAAAGGAGAUGCGUAAUAACUAUCUGAAGUCUCGCCGGUUUAAGAUGGACGUGCUCUGCCUCCUGCCCUUGGACUUCCUCUACUUGAAACUCGGAGCGAACCCCCUCCUUCGCCUGCCCCGCUGCUUGAAGUACAUGGCCUUCUUCGAGUUUAAUAACCGCUUGGAAGCCAUCCUCAGCAAAGCCUACGUUUACAGGGUCAUCAGGACCACUGCCUACCUGCUGUACAGCUUACACCUCAACUCGUGUCUUUACUAUUGGGCGUCGGCCUUCCAGGGCAUCGGUUCCACUCACUGGGUUUAUGACGGCGUGGGGAACAGUUACAUCCGAUGCUACUACUGGGCCGUGAAAACUCUCAUCACCAUUGGAGGACUGCCCGACCCCCAGACGCUCUUCGAAAUUGUCUUCCAGCUGCUGAAUUAUUUCACAGGUGUCUUCGCUUUCUCUGUGAUGAUUGGACAGAUGAGAGACGUGGUGGGAGCCGCCACGGCAGGCCAGACCUACUACCGCAGCUGCAUGGACAGUACGGUGAAGUACAUGAACUUCUACAAGAUCCCCAGGUCUGUGCAGAACCGUGUCAAGACCUGGUAUGAGUAUACCUGGCAUUCACAAGGCAUGCUGGAUGAGUCAGAGCUGAUGGUGCAGCUUCCAGACAAGAUGAGACUGGACCUGGCCAUUGAUGUGAACUACGACAUUGUCAGCAAAGUGGCGCUCUUCCAGGGCUGUGACCGGCAGAUGAUCUUCGACAUGCUCAAGCGCCUUCGCUCAGUUGUCUACCUGCCCAAUGACUAUGUGUGCAAGAAGGGGGAGAUUGGCCGCGAGAUGUACAUCAUCCAGGCGGGGCAGGUGCAGGUGCUGGGCGGUCCAGAUGGGAAAGCCGUGCUGGUGACACUCAAAGCCGGAUCGGUGUUUGGAGAGAUCAGCUUGCUGGCCGUGGGGGGCGGGAACCGGCGCACGGCCAACGUGGUGGCUCAUGGGUUCACCAACCUCUUCAUUCUGGACAAGAAAGACUUGAAUGAAAUUUUGGUGCAUUACCCCGAAUCUCAGAAGUUGCUCCGGAAGAAGGCCAGGCGCAUGCUGAGAAACAACAACAAGCCCAAGGAGGAGAAGAGUGUACUCAUCCUGCCCCCACGUGCGGGCACCCCGAAACUCUUCAAUGCCGCCCUCGCUGCAGCAGGAAAGAUGGGUGGCAGAGGCGCCAAGGGUGGCAAGCUUGCCCACCUGAGAGCCAGGCUCAAGGAACUGGCAGCAUUGGAGGCAGCCGCGCGGCAGCAGCAGCUGCUGGAACAGGCCAAGAGCUCACAGGAAGCUGGGGGAGAGGAGGGCUCCGGAGCUGCGGAUAAACCUGUGCCCCAGGAACAGCCAGAACCCAAGAAGCCCCAGGAGCCCCCAGAGCCUCAGGAGCCCCCGGAGCCUUCGGCCCCACGCUCUCCACUGCUGGCCCAGGGGAAGCCGGAGAGUGGCACGGAGGAAGUGGCGGCUGGGCCCCUGGAGCCCCCAGAGCCCCCGGAGAUCCCAGAGCCUCCGGAGGCCUCAGUGAGGAUCCGCGUGAGCCCAGGCCCGGAUCCUGAGGAGCAGACGCUGUCGGUGGAGAUGCUGGAGGAGAAGAAGGAGGAAGCAGAGUGAGGCACAUGCAGUGCCCCAUGGACCAUGAUCCCCAUCCCCCGGUGCAUGCCUGGCUGUAGAACUGCCUGCCUGGACAGUCUUGUGGAAACCCUCAAACGGUGGUGGUGUUCUUGCACUCCUACCAUGGGUGGAGCACACUGCCCCCUCCCACAGUUGCUAUUUUCAAGAAGAAACCUGCCUUGCACUUUUAAAAGUUUUUAGGAGGGAAUAGAAGAGGGCUCCGACAUCACGGAGCUCUCUACCGGAAAAAUCAAGGGUUGGUGAUACGGCAGGGUCCCCACCAGAACCCACCCUUGGUUUAAGUGAUAGGGAAGAGCUAGAGUGGGAACCCAGAACUGGGGAAGCUGAGGCAGGAGGAUCCUUGGAUCAAAGUCAACCAGGGUUACAUAGUGAGAAUCUGCCUCAAAACAAACCAAUAGCAAAACAGCUUAGGAGUUCCAAGUUCCUGCAAACACAGGAGUCUCGGCGAUGGCAGAGCAGGCGAUCCAGGUACUUUGUACACUGCAGGUAAUGAUUGGCAUUCUUCUCUCACCCCUUUAAAUUUUGCUUAUUUUAGUAGACAAUGACAUUAAAAGUUCUCUGUGCUAUUCUUGGCACCCAUCCUCCCUGACCACUCUCGAGCACCAAGUAACAACUGUGAAGAACCUAGUGGUUCUCUGUCAGCACACAGAGAGCAUGCUUGUAGCUGGGCAUCGUGGAGCGCUAGAUGCUGAGGCAGGAGAAUCACAAGUUUGAAGUCAGCCGGGGCUUCAUGACAAUACCCUAUGCCAAGAAGGGAAGAAGGGAAAUGCACUGGUCCAUUGGUGACAGCAGCGUAGUCCCUUGUUCAGAUGUGUGGUGACAUUUUGUCUACUGUUCAUCAGCAAGCAUUUGGGUUGCUUCCUAUCUCACAUUAUUAAGAAUAACAUUGUAGGACAUUGAGAGGGCUCAGUGAAUGAAGGCCCUUGCCACACCACCGUGCAUGCUUGACGACCUGAAUCUCUGAAACCCAUGCGAAGGUGAAAAGAAUCAGCCCCACAAAGUUGUCUUCUGACCUUCACAUAACACUGUGGCACACACGCACGCACGCGCACACACACACAUGCACGCACAUGCAUGCACGCGCGUGUGCACACACACACAAGAGCUAACAGUAAUAAAAUCAUCUUGUACAGAAUGGGGUUGGCCUUACUGUAGAGCACUUGUCUGGCCCAUGUGAGUCUCUGGGUUUGAUCCUCUAAACUAAA